UAUUUCAGGAUGAUACAGAAGAAAAUUCAAAUGAUGGCAGCCAGCCAUCAAAACGACGACGUAUGGGCUCGGGGGACAGUUCUCGAAGUUGUGAAACUUCUAGUCAAGACCUUGGUGAAAUGUACUAUUAUUAUUUCAACUACUUUCCUGAUGAAAAUUUAAUAGAAUACAAAUGGCCACCUGAUGAAACAGGAGAAUACUAUAUGCUUCAGGAGCAAGUCAGUGAAUACUUGGGUGUGACUUCAUUUAAACGAAAAUAUCCAGAUUUAGAGAGACGAGAUCUGUCUCACAAGGAGAAACUCUACCUCAGAGAAUUAAAUGUCAUCACAGAGACUCAGUGUACUUUAGGUUUAACAGCCUUGCGCAGUGAUGAAGUGAUUGAUUUGAUGAUUAAAGAAUAUCCUGCCAAACACGCUGAGUAUUCUGUAAUACUGCAAGAAAAAGAACGCCAGCGAAUAACAGAUCAUUAUAAAGAAUACUCUCAAAUGCAACAGCAGAACACACAAAAAGUAGAGGCUAGUAAAGUUCCAGAAUAUAUUAAAAAAGCUGCCAAGAAAGCUGCAGAAUUUAACAGCAAUUUAAACCGGGAACGAAUGGAAGAAAGAAGAGCCUAUUUCGAUUUACAGACACAUAUUAUCCAGGUGCCUCAAGGAAAAUACAAAAUCUUACCUACAGAGAGAACAAAGGUUAGUCCUUAUCCAGUGGCUCUCAUACCCGGCCAGUUCCAGGAGUACUACAAAAGAUACUCCCCAGAUGAACUUCGCUAUUUGCCAUUAAACACAGCCCUUUAUGAACCACCUUUGGAUCCAGAACUCCCUGCACUGGACAGUGAUGGAGAUUCGGAUGAUGCAGAAGAAGGUCGAGGUGACGACAAACGGAAAAUCAAAGGCAAUUCGGACAACUCAUCUGGCAAUGUAUCUGAAGGUGAAUGUGCCAAUGACAACCAGGAGGAUUCUUUUCAGGGAAGACAAAAACCAAGAGACAAAAGUGCAACUCCAAGAAAAGAUGGCUCCAAACGUUCUGUACUGUCCAAAUCAGUUCCUGGGUACAAGCCAAAGGUCACUCCAAAUGCUAUUUGUGGAAUUUGUCUGAAGGGUAAGGAGUCCAACAAGAAAGGAAAGACUGAAGCACUUAUACACUGCUCCCAAUGUGACAACAGUGGCCACCCUUCUUGUCUUGACAUGACCGUGGAGCUUGUUGCUAUGAUUAAAACCUACCCUUGGCAGUGUAUGGAAUGUAAAACAUGCAUUAUAUGUGGGCAGCCUCACCAUGAAGAAGAAAUGAUGUUCUGUGAUGUGUGUGACCGUGGUUAUCAUACCUUUUGUGUGGGGCUUGGUGCUAUCCCUUCAGGUCGCUGGAUUUGUGACUGUUGUCAAAAAGACCCCCCCACACCUAGAAGAGGAGGAAGAAGGGGAAAAAACAGCAAAGAGGGCUAAAAGAAUGUAUCUUCCAGUAAGAUUAACUGCACAAAUUGAAGUGAUAAAUUUGGUGCUAUUUAACCAACCACUCUCUAUAUGGAACAAAACCACUUAAGCAUCUUUUACCAAAUAAAUUGUUUUAUAAUUUUG